AUGUCGACCGCCGGGAUUUCGCUGAAGGCCACGCAGGCCGAUGGCUUCUACUUCCCACCGGACUGGGACCCCUCAAAGGGGUCGCUGGAUUCCUACCAGCGCAAAAAGGGUUUCGAGCAUGCUCUGGGCAAAAACCGUGUUAAAAACCUAGAUAAAGGCAUCCUCCAAAUCCGGUUCGAGCUGCCCUUCAAAAUCCAAUGUCUCAAUUGCGAGGAUAUGAUCGGACAGGGAACGCGGUUUGAUGCGGAUAAAAAGCGAGUGGGGAAUUAUUAUUACGGCUACUUUUGGUCGCGUAGUAGGUUGUAGUGGGCUCUUCUACCCCAUUUCUAUAAUAAUUUUUGAACUCGUAUAAAAAUAAUGUGUUGCUGUUGCUAGUGGUUUUUGGUCUAGUUGCUAUUGCUAGUGGUUUAGUCGAUGAUAAAUAACAUUUACUAGGGGAAAUCGUACUAGGUCCAAUCCGAAUCGGCUAACAUCAUCAAACUACAUCUACUAGGUGUGCUGGUUAGUCGUACUAGUACAACUCUGCACAUCCAACUUGGGCAAACUUCAUUUCUUCUUUGUCUAACUCUAAAUGAGGACUUAGGUGUAUAAAUACACACUCGUCUGCUCUAGCUCACACAGUAGAUUUUUUGACCCCAACAUGCUAGUGCACAGUGCUUCCCUGCCUCUAAUCUCCCACCACUCCGAUAUACGAAUUUCGUAUGCGAUGUGGUCAAAUCGUCGACCCCUCUGUGUCUGUAGACGGCAAAACUCACUGUAAUUGCGAAUGGGUCAUCCAAACGGACCCUCAGAAUGCCGAUUACGCGUUGGUUGCUGGCUGUGUGCGUCCCGGCAAGACCACUGGAUUUCGCAACAGCAAGGACUUGGCUGGCCAUGCUGCCCAAAGGGAUGGGGAACAAGCUACGGAGUUGGACCCUCUCUACAUGGACACAGACGCUCGAAGGGAAAUGGCUCAAGAUCCGAUGUUCAGGUUGGAAAUGCUUGCAAAAAGGACAGCAGAGAGAGCUGGGAUACAAGUAGACAACGUGGGAGAUCAAGGAGCGCUGGAGGAUGAGAACAAUAACAGGAAAGCGGUACUAGAUGACCAGCAGGAAGAUGUUGAUCGCGAAGAUCGAGAUGAAAGAUCAUCACUCCAUCAACGUCAACAAGACACCACCAAUAGUAAGCGUCGUAAAGUAAUGCUCGGCGUCAACGAGGAUGUUUCUGACGUGAAGUUCCGCAUGCACCCCAGAGAGUCUGAGACGCCCUCAUGGAUGCGCGCACCGGGAGUCAGGGGCAGUCGCAAGAAGGACGAGGACAAAGAGCGCCUCGACAUGGAACGAGAAGCACACCAAGUCUUCAAGAAUGCCGGAACAUCUAGUUUGAGUGGAAGCUUCCAUGCUUUGGAUGGAUUUGGUGGAAGUGGUUCGGGAGGAGGAAGCUCUAGUGGUAUCAGUAGCACAACGACUGGUGGAAGUGGAAGUGCUUUUGACGAUGCAGAUAUGCAGCAAUACAUCGCUGCAGCGGAGAAAAAGAAGCGCAAUGACGGUAAUUUGAAGAAACUCUACUUACUAAAAAAAGAGACCAAAAACGACUUUGAUCUGAACAGUAAACUGCGUGGGAUGUUUAGAGCAGACCGGAAUCGGGAAAAACAAUUUAGCAGUAGUAGUAGCGGCGGGACAACAAGUGGUGGGGUAGGAGGCUCAGCUAAGGGCUCUAAAGAAGCCCACAAACCUCAUUUCGGACUACCCUUGAAGGAGUCGGAUUCCGAAGACGAAGAAGAACUGCGUCAGUUGUUCAUGAUGAAAAGUGGCAAGAACGCCAAAUCUUCCUCGUCAACAGGAGCUUUUCCAGGAAGUGGCUCUGGAUCUGCAAGUGGAGUACAGCAGAACUACAAGCAGUAUUCCACAAAAACAACGUCAUCUAGUCGAACGACUGGUGGAGCAAGCAGCAGUAGCAAAACUACUACAUCAUCUAGAGCAGCGCAAGGAAUUGGUGGACCUGGAGGAGCGGCGGGAACGUCUUCUGAGAUGAAAGAAGCGCUGAAGCAAAAAGCUUUGGAACAAAGACACGCGGGACUAGCGUUCGAGAAGCAACUACAGCGAAGGAAGUUGUUGAAUGCAGAAUCCAUAAUUCCACGUUCUAAUGCUAAUGGUAGUGGUACUACUUCUAGAGGAGGAAUAGGAAUAGGCUCCUCCCAGCAAUCAUCAGUUCAAGCGAGGAUGAAUGAAAAAUUUGCUUUAUUCAAACAGUGUCAGUCGCAAGCGCAAAAAAACAGAAACCGCUAG